AUGUCACCCACCAGUGCGGCACAACGCCGCUCGUCCAACACGGACCCAGCUGGCGCCCCUGCCGUCCCCGUCAGCGACUCCCUCCCUACUUCGCAACACAACCCGCGCUGGGCCCUGUACGAUGGCAGGCCCAACGCCUGGACACGCUUCAGGGCUCGUAACAAAGACUUGCUGGCCGAAUUCCUGGGAACAGCCUUCAUCUUGAUCUUUGGUGCUGGCGUGGAGUGCCAAGUCAAUCUCCACUACAACCUCUUCUCCCACCCACAAUCGGCAGGCGACUUCAAUUCUCAACGCCUCAGCUGGGCAAUUGGUGUGGCUCUCGGUGUCUGGAUCUCAGGCGGCGUCUCUGGUGCCCAUCUCAACCCUACUGUCACUCUCUCCCUCUGGGCCUUCCGAGGAUUCCCCCUCCGCAAGGUUCUCCCCUACAUCACUGCCCAAAUCCUCGGAGCGGCCGCUGGCGCUGGUCUCGUCUACUCAAACUACUUUGGGUCCAUCGCGUUGAAGGAGGGCGGAGCGCAGAGGACCGUCGAAGGGGUCAGGAGUACCGCUGGGCUUUUCGUCACGAGCCCGCAGCCUUGGUUGGGUAAUGGGCAGGCAGCUUGGUCUGAGGCACUCGCAUCUGGAGUCCUCGUUUGCGCUGUGCUUGCGCUCAGUGACAAGGGGAAUUUGAGUGUGCCAAAGGGCUGUAUGCCCUUCGCCAUGUUCCUCACUCUGGUCGGCAUCGGAGCCUCCCUCGGUCUCAACACGGGCUAUGCACUCAACUUCGCUCGUGACUUUGGUCCUCGUAUCUUCCUCUUCCUCGUCGGGUACGGGUCCAAGAUCUUUACGACCCACUCCUACUGGGCGUUCUGGGGCCCAGGUCUCGCGAGUAUCGGUGGCGGACUGCUGGGAGGACUGGUGUACGAUGUGUGCGUGUACACAGGCGAGGACUCGUUUGUCAAUCGAGUCGAGGGAGGACGUAGGAAGAACCAGAUCAGGCGUGACUUGGGAGAGAGCGAAGAGCAGGCGCUCCUUGAGGAGGAGGCGUAG